GCCCGCGCCAGGCGCAGCCUCGCGUCGCUGCCCCCGGCGUGUCCCUGCGCCUCUCGCUCCUUUCUCGGGACAUGAACUUGAUUGACAUCCUUUGGAGGCAAGAUGUAGACCUUGGGGCAAGGCGUGAAGUUUUUGAUUUUAGUCAACGACGGAAGGAGUAUGAACUCGAGAAACAGAAGAAACUUGAAAAGGAAAGACAAGAGCAGCUCCAAAAAGAGCAGGAGAAAGCCUUGCUGGCUCAGCUGGAGUUAGACGAAGAGACAGGUGAAUUUGUUCCUGUUCAGCCAGCUCAGCGCAUUCAGCCAGAAAAUACUGAGCCACCAGUCGGUUUUUCACAGACAACACAGACUUCAAAACCAGAAGCAGAGGCCUUGUCCUUUGAUGACUGCAUGCAGCUCUUGGCAGAAGCAUUCCCAUUUAUAGAUGACAAUGAGGCUUCUUCAGCUGCGUUUCAGUCACUGGUUCCUGCUCAGAUCGAUAGCAACCCAGUCUUCAUUUCCUCUGAUCAAACUCAGCCACCUGAAUCGCCUGUUCUAGUUCCACUUACUGAUGCAGAGAAUAUGCAGAACAUAGAGCAAGUUUGGGAAGAAUUAUUGUCCCUUCCAGAGUUACAGUGUCUUAACAUUGAAAAUGAUAACCUGGCUGAGGUAAGCACAAUCACAAGCCCUGAAACCAAGCCAACAGAGAUGCACAACGGCUAUAAUUACUACAGCUCAUUACCCAUCAUGAGAAAAGAUGUUAACUGUGGUCCAGAUUUCCUGGAUGGUAUUGAGGGCCCCUUUUCCAGCAUUUUGCCACCAGAAGACACCAGCCAGCUGAGUGUGAACUCUUUACAUGACACGUCCCCUUCAAACUCUGAUUUCUGUGAGGAUUUCUACACCACCUUUAUUGAUACAAAGGGGAACGGUGACACAGCAACGACAAACACUAUCAGUCAAUCACUCGCGGAAAUUCUAAGUGAACCUAUCGAUCUUUCUGAUUUCUCACUGUGUAAAGCUUUUAAUGGCAACCACUCAGGAACCGUACCAGAAUGUAACGAUUCUGACUCUGGUAUUUCACUGAAUGCAAGUUCUAGUGUAGCAUCGCCUGAACACUCUGUUGAAUCAUCUGCCUGUGGAGAUAAGACUUUUGGUUGUAGCGAUUCUGAAAUGGAAGACACGGACAGUGCUCCUGGAAGUGUGCCACAGAGCAAUGCUAGCAUGUACUCUUUGCAGUUCCAGGAUCAAGUGUUUUCUUCUGUGGGGCCAAGCACUCAACCUAGUUUGCGGUGUAUAAACACACCAAAGAAAGAACCGCCGGCUGGUCCAGGCCACCCCAAAGCUCCGUUCACAAAAGAUAAACCUUCAAGCCACCUUGAAGCUCAUCUCACAAGAGAUGAGCAAAGAGCGAAAGCUCUGCAGAUCCCUUUUCCUGUUGAAAAAAUCAUCAAUCUCCCCGUUGAUGACUUCAAUGAAAUGAUGUCUAAGGAGCAGUUCAAUGAAGCCCAGCUUGCGCUUAUUCGAGAUAUACGCAGGAGAGGCAAGAACAAAGUGGCUGCUCAAAAUUGCCGUAAAAGAAAACUGGAAAAUAUAGUGGAACUGGAGCAAGACUUGAGUAACCUAAAAGACGAGAAAGAGAAAUUGCUUAAGGAAAAAGGAGAGCAUGACAAAAGCCUUCGUCAAAUGAAAAAGCAACUAACCACCUUAUACCUUGAGGUCUUCAGCAUGCUACGCGAUGAAGACGGAAAGUCUUACUCUCCUAGUGAAUAUUCACUGCAGCAAACUAGAGAUGGCAACGUCUUUCUUGUUCCUAAAAGCAAGAAGUCAGAGACUAAACUUUGAAGGGCAGCACAGCUGGGUACUGUUCUCCGAGUCAUUAUUUUUGUAUCGUUAUCCUGAUAGUUUUUACUGUGAGGCAGAAUGCAGAAUUAGGUAAUAUUUUUCAAGUAAUUCUAUGCAAUGAUAAUUUUAGAGUUAAUAAUCAGUUUAUGGAAGAUGCAAGUUUAAAACUAAUAGCGUAAUGCAGAUGGACAUAUGCAAAAUUUGUAAUCUCACUUUUAUAACAGACAUUUCCUUCUUAUAGCACCACUCUGACUAGUUUCCAUAUACAUGUAAAUAUUUAAAGAUACCAUAUUUAUAUACUGUUCCUGUCUCUUGUUAUAUUCAUAGAUUUAUUUGAGAGAGAGAUAUAUAUAAAUGACUUUAGCCUUCCAAAUACAAUUUCUCGCAAGACAAACAGUAUGGCUUCUGAUAACUUUUUUAUAAAUAUGCAAUAGUGUUUGUUUCCCAUUUUUCUUACACAUUUAUACUUGCUUUAUAUUUAAUAUAUGAUUUUAAUUUAGUGUAAAAGUUGAUACGUAGUGUUUGGUUUUGAUUUAUCAGUUCAUUAAACUUUUUUUAACUCUACUUCAUACACGUUUAUUUCCCUAAAGAAGGGAAACCUUCGCUAGUUUUCCCAGGCUAAGUCUUCAUGUAACAAAUACGCUUAAUAAGCAGAGAUGUAUCACACAGCAUUGUCAGCAUUACUAAUGCUUCCUUCAGCAUAAUUUUAGCUGCCAUUUGGGAGGAUUGUGUAACGCAAAGUUACGUUUCAAGUCUACGCUAAGUUUACAUCAUUUUUGUUUUGCUCUUUGAACACUACUUAAAUUCAUUGUGAGAUCUUUCCUCCAAAGGCAUUUAAAAUCUGUUAAUUAAGACAUUGUCAGCAUUAUGCAUUUUUCCAACUAAAAAUUCUGUACACUUUUGGGUGGUUGUUCUACAAGUACACUAGGUGUCCCUGACUCCGAUCAGCGAGCAUCGUUUGUCACUGCUGUUACUCUGGAGCUUAUGGAAAAAGGCGUACUAACUGCCAACCAACCGCACUGUUUGGAACCUGUGCUCAAUUAAUUGAAAAGCAUUGUGGAGUUGAAAUUAUGAUUUAUAAGAGAAUAAAAAUUGGGCAAAUAAAUAGCAUUGUUUUGUUUACUCUUCAAAUGGACUCAUUGUACUUGAUCGUUGAUGCAUUUUCUGUAUUCAAAAAAUCCACACUGUAAUUUGAAAUACACAUUGAUCUGAACAUUAAAAACCCUAUCGUCUUCCUUCAUCUUCCCUAUGAAACUUCUAAAAGGCACGUUUAAUCUGGAACGUCUUUUCUGCCACUGAUGCUCUAUGUCAUUUUAGGAAUAUUGUGUCUAUUACAAUAUUAUGCAUCUCUCCAUUUAGUAUAAUAAACACCAAGUUGUUUUGC